AUGCCUCUCGGUAUCUUGGAUGUGAAAGAGCGCCAGGUUCCAGGCACCGUCGAUAUUCUUGAGAAUGAACGCACCGAUGACCAGCCUCCUGUCUACCACUCACAUCUCAAGUACGAUCGCUCAGGGUCGGUUCCAAUACUUCUUGUUCCCCAGCCAAGCGAUGACCCAAACGAUCCCUUGAAUUGGCCGUUAUGGAAACGCGACUUGACCCUCUUCGCUCUUUCUCUCGUGGCCGUUUUUUGCGCGACAACCAGCUCCGUCAUGGCAGCCAAUACCGUGACUCUUUCGCGGUACUAUAGGAAGAGUUUCAUGUCCGUGGCUCUGCUGACCGGAUACCACCUCUGUGGAACGGGUAUCGCUGGAAUCCUCAUUGUACCGACGGCGCGAGUAUGGGGCAAGCGUCAUCUCUUCGUUCUUGGACACGUGUUGAUGGUGAUAAGCUGUGCAUGGGCUGGGGGUAGUGGUAAGAGCUACCAGAGUCUCUUGUGGUCUCGCAUCUUCCAAGGUGUUGCAUUGGCACCGUUCGAAGCCCUGGUGAAUGCAUCUGUAGAUGAUCUAUUCUACGUGCACCAGCGCGGGAAGAGAAUGGCUCUUUCCAACGUUGCAGUAUUCGGCGCAGCUUUUCUCACCCCUGUUGCUGCAGGUAAGAUCACACGGGAAUUGGGCUGGACCUGGACAUUCUACUUUAUCGCCAUUUUCUCGGCGGCAGCCCUCCCUUUGACAAUCUUCCUGGUUCCGGAGACAGCAUUUAGACGGCCAAAUUAUUUGGAUCCCAACUACGGGUCUGCGCGCACCCGAACAGAGAGUGGGCACCCAGGGUCCGAAGAUACAGGACUGCAAGAGCCAAAGCAGUCGCCAACCAGUAAUGGGGAGUCUUCACUCGACGUCGCUAGAGACGAGACGUCAAGACAAAAGGACAUUCCUGCCAAAGUUUCAUAUCUCCAAACGCUAAAAUUAUUCAAUGGACGAAAGACAGAUGAGGACUGGUGGAAGCUUCUACUGCGACCAUUUCCUCUAUUUUUCCAUCCUGCAGUCCUCUGGGCCUGCUUGAUCCAAGGCGUCAUCAUCGGAUGGACAGUUUUUAUCGGCGUUACCCUCGCGGCUAUAUUCAUGAGCGGCCCGCUGUGGUUUGCAGAGGACAAGACCGGAUACAUGUACACUGGGGCUUUCAUUGGCGCCAUGGUCGGACUCGUUUUGUCAGGGCUGCUGUCCGAUUCAAUGAAUCACCUCAUGAUCAAACUCAAUAAGGGAAGAUAUGAGCCCGAGUUUCGUAUCCUUCUCGUGAUAUUUCAGCUUAUAUUCUGCGCUAUCGGCUUGUACGGCUUCGGCAUUACCGCUAAUGAUGCGGCGCACUACGGCUGGUUACCUCCAGACAUAUUCUUCUGCUUUGUUGUCGUUGGAAUGGUAAUGGGCGCAGUGGCCAGCGCACUCUACAUCGUGGAUGCCCAUCCAAACAUUGUCAUCGAGGCAUUCACCUGCAUGUUGAUAUUCAAAAACAUCUUCAGCUUCGUGUUGACUUUUUAUACUUAUGACUGGCUUGUGGAAGCAUACGUCAAAAAACCAUUCAUGGCCAUCUCGAGCAUUCAGGUCGCGAUUUGUGCGCUGAGUAUUCCGAUGUAUGUCUUUGGCAAAUGGAAUCGCUCAUUCUUCGCACGCUAUGACAUUCUCAAGCUUCUGCGGUUGUGGUAG